AUGCCAGAAGUCCAAAGUGUCAUAACGCAGGUUUCUGCGGAGCAAGCGCCCGUACCUGUCAUGCAGGAAACGAGCCAAGACUUCCUAGAUGAUGACUCGCUCAUCCACCUCAACAUUCAGGAAAACCACUACUACAUCACGCGCGACCAACUGAUGUCAUUGCCGGAGUCGUUGCUGCUAUGUCUGUUCCCCUCUGGUGUGUUCAUGGACCGCAUGGGCCAGGUGAUCACGAACCUUACUUCGCAAGACGAAGUCUACAUAGGCAACUUCCCACCCCUGUGCUUCGAGUAUAUCAUGGAGAACUACGUCCGCGCGCAAGAGGACUUGAUGAACUUUCCUGUGGACGAGAUUUUUGACCGCGGUACGUCCGCACGCGAGCAGUCGCGCUUUUUCGGGUUCUCUUCGCCGGCUUCCGCUAACUCUAUGGGCGGCGAGUCUGAGAUUUUGCACGAAAAGCCCAGCAUUAUUGUACUCCGAGAAGACUUGGACUACUACUGCGUGCCGCAACAGAAGCUAGCAUAUGCGCCGGACGCCUCGCAAGAAAUGAAAAACGAGCUUCUCGACAAUUUUAUGGCCGAGACCAAGCUGGCUGCUGGCAGUCACUUGUCCGCGCAAACCAGCGUGUUUCAGGGCCUGCAUAGCUCAAACAGACUGAAAAGGCCGCAGAACGACUCUUCGGGCACCAAUGCGACGCAGAAACUCGGCCCCGCGGAGCAGCACCUUAUGGACAUGCUAUGUUCCUCCGGCUUCAACGAAUCCUCAGAGUGGGGCAACCGUGCCCAAGAGCCUGGAAAGACCGUAAUCAGCUCCCUGUCUCUGUGUCGCUUGGCGAACGAGACCACGCAAGAAUUCCGUGAUAAAGUGGAUGAUGCUAAGCGCAAGCACGAGGAAGAGGCUAAGAAUGCACACCGGAACUCUGAGCUUGGCGCGCAGAACCCUCUGACUCCGCUUGGAUCGCGCUCCUCGCCCUCCCCCGCACAGCAGGAUAAGCGCAAAUCGAGGCUUUCCUCACUUGCGGACAACGUUCGCUCGCGUUCCGCGUCACGCCAUCGCUCGUCCUCCCGACAAAGAAUAGAACAGGCGCCUACUCUUUACGAAUUGGUCCCUCGGCCCGACAUCAACGCCAAGCUGCUGCUUUUCUGGAAGAAGCCUGCCCGUAAGUGCUGGUGGGGCGAACAAGAUACCGUAUUGGAUCUCAAGCUCUACGGUAAGAUCGAUACUGAAACUGGCGCACUUCUGCUCUUGCCUUCUGGGCCCAUUGUCACCGUGAAAGUGCCGGUCAAGCUUCACGUGAGAAGAGUCUGGACCCUGGAGCUGAGCAUCGUUGGCGUCGAAUAG